AUGAAGGCGGUUGCAGGCGGCGGGCGGCUGCCGGACGAGGUCUUCAGGAAGAUCACCGCUGUUGAUCAAGGCACCAGCACACUCACUCAAGCCGGCGUCCAAGGUCUGAGUGCCCGAAUCCUCGACAAGUACGUUUCUUUGGUUGCGCGAAUUUAUGAUAGACCUCAAGUUCUCCGAGUGACGUACUCGAAGAUAAAAUAUGGACAAGGUAGCUGAGUUGAAAAGUAAUCUUGAGAUUUUUCAAGAGAUUUUGUUCAAAAAAGGGAAGUUGAGAGAUUGAAAAAGUUCAAAAAAUCCAAUAAGUAAACAGACUGCUUUCUUCUUCAUUUUUGUCCGAAUAAUUUCUUUCAAUUUUCUCACUCAUAGGAAAUUUUCAACCGUGUCAUUACCCUUCAAAAAGGAUAUUUGAACUGACUAGGUUUAGGAAGAAAAUUACAUGAGUAGUCAAGUUAUGAUGUUUUUCUUCCUAAUGCAAUUGUAUUCCCAAAUUCAAGAUUUCUUUCUAUCUUAUAUCAAACGGAUUCAAACAUUCUUCCAUUUGAAGGGAGGUUCGCGGAGAAGGCCGCGAUGCGCUAGUAGUGCAGUUCGUGGAAAUCAUCAAGAAGCCGGGCCAGUCCUUGGGACUUUACCUGAGGGAAGGCAACGGCCGCGAGCGUCCUUCCGGCGUCUUCGUCUCUCGUUUCGGCGAAACAUCCGAACUUGCCAAGUGAGCUGCUUUUUUUCGCAUUUUAAAUUUUUGAUGUUUUAAAAUUAUUUUUCUUCUAGUUGAAGCAAACGUAUGGUCUAUUGAAGCGGAAAAUUUUUCAUUUUCUCUCAUAAUAAAAAUUUAAUACUUCUGGGGGUUUUUAAAGUCUGUUCAUGGCAUUCGGAAACGAGCAUUAUAUCCAUAAAAGAGUGGCAUUGUAUUCUGGUUGAAGUUUCGAUCUCCAUUUUAAAAAAGACAAUCGCCCUUCAAUUCUAUUGAUCAAAUUAGAUACGUAUCGAAUAUUGCUAACAAGAAAAAAAUCAAUGCAAAAAAAAAAUGAAUUACGGAUAUUUUUCAAAUUAAUCCUUUUUCUGCUGGGAUAUACGAAGAUUCAGAACUCGUGCAUAAUGGAUAAAAUAACGAAAAAAAACGGCGUUUUUCCUUGAUAGCUACUCGUAUAGAAUCAGUCCAUUCUUCUUCGUAACACUAGAAAAGAUAUUCGAACGGUUCGUAUUAUAUUGACGUUUUAAUCAAGGUAUGGCGAUGUGAUACGGCCAGGCGAUGAGAUUCUCUCGAUCAACAACGUCGAAGUCUCGACGAUGGGAAUCGACGAUGUCGUUCUAAUUCUGAGCAUCCCGCGACGAUUGUUGCUCAGGAUACGGUAAUUUCAUUUUUUCUGCUGAUUCACUUGUUUUUUUUCAGAUUUCUGAAGAAUUUUCGCAAUGAAACACCCACAAACAAACCAUCUAGCUCAGAAAAGCCAGUCGUCGUCUUUCACAAGGCCGGUUUCUUUUUUAUUUCAGAAAAGUAUUCGAGUAUUUUUUCUGUCUGAUUUUCUCCUAAAUCUUCAUUUUUGCGGCUUCAGGUCGAAGAAAGACGAGAUUCCGAAUCAGCCAGCAGCUCGAUUUUGUCCCAGCCGACUUCCACGGCCAACACUUGGUUGGGCAAAAAAUCGCGUCAACAACUCGAGGUAUCUUUUCAUUCUGCGAAUAUUUUUGGAUUCUUGAAAAUUUAUAUUUUGUUCGAAAAGAUUGACUAAAGUGUCGGCGGGCGUCGUAGAAAAAAAAAUCGAAAAUUUCGAUAGCUCCUGUUUCAAACUUUUUCUCAUUUCCUUAUCAGUUUCAAGUGGAAUUUCGAAAGAGAGGACGUAAUUGAGUGAAAAAAAGAGACGAAUGAAGAAGAAAACUUUCGUAUUAUGGUUAUUUUUAAAAUUGGUCCUAAAAAAAUAUAUAUAGAUUUACUUGUUCGAUCUUCUUAUGAUGCCUUGCAGAUGAUCUAUUUUAUUCACGUUAAAAUUUUUAUACAAAAUGAUGAUUUUUGUUUCAUAAAAAGUUAUUGGUAUAUCUUUAUUUUUUUAAAUUGAGCUUCCAUUUUUUUCCAUUGGCGUGAUAAGAUUUUUUAUUGAAAAUAAGAAAAAAAAGAUGGAAAUAUUUAUUUGAAACACGAGAUAAUUUCCAGGAAUGUAGAUAUAAUAAAAGGAAAAUUAAUGGAAUGGAGAUAGGACUAGAAAGAAUUAGUAACUUUCAGAUUUAUUGGUUCAUGCUAUUGACUUAAUUUUGGUCUUACCCAUGAGUUUUUGUUUUGAUUUUGGACAUGAAUCGUAUUAUUUGCACUGAUACACUUUUUUUUCGAGAAUAUGACCAACAGUCGGAUUUGAACGACAUUAAAAAUAACGAACUUUGAAGUUUGUGCGAAGAUUCCUCGAAAACGGGGCUCGAGAAGCGUCCGAGCAGAGAAACUCAGGAAAGAUGAAGUUGGACGCUGUGGGAGGGGCGUGAAAGAUCGGUAAAUGCUCCGAGUCUUUUGCUCCGGCGAACCCUUUCCCCAAAAGGAAAGCGGCGGAGGCACGCGAGGCAAAAGCUCGGUUUCCAUCGAUCUUUCUAUGCUCUUUGCUUCUUUUUUCUUUUUCCCCGUUCAAUCGUAGAAAACUUUUUAUGGCAUCUUUAUUCAUAUUACAGUAUUGAACACGUUUUCAGUCUUACAAGUACUUUUGUUUAAUUUAUUCAUAAAAGUUUCCUACGUUUUUUUAAACCAUAGUAUGAUUUUUCGACGAAAACGGAUCAGGAUUUUUCUUUGGUAGUUGUUUCGCCUUGAAAAACCAUAUAAAAAUUCAGCUAAUUUUCUAUAAAGUUCAAAACGUUUGAUCCGCUCAAAAACGCCAAAAAAAAGGACUUUCAUUGUAGAACGUAUAAUAUUUACUUUGCUCUUCCGAUUUGCCGAAUUACGCUAAUUUACUCUCCAGCGUUCUGAGCUUCAUCAUAAAUAAAGGUUGGUAAAGUGGUCCCUAGAGGGGACUCUCCGAGGGACUCCUGUUUCACAAGCAAUCGCUCUUCAAAAUAAACUCUCUGGUCAGAAUUCUGUAGCGUGGAGGCAAAGUACCAGGAAAUUUAUAUUGGAAACAUACAUUAAUAACAAAAAAAUACGUAAUAGUUUCUUUUUGAUUAUCUUAAAAACCUUUCUUCAUUUAUUCGCAACAUUUUUUUAUUUCUCGUGGUUUUUUUAUUUCUCGCUACUACAUUCUUCUAGCUUUCUUUUCUUUUUUUAUAAAUAAUUCGUCGAUGGUCUACAUGGAAAAAUACCUUCCCGAGAACUAUCUUCAUUAAAAUUUCUAACUUUCAUUUCUCAUCGUUAGGAAGCCAAAGAGUCUCCAGUUGGGUUUGCAGGAGAUGAGAGCGACGUCGUCGCAGCCCUCUGCCGCGACAUCAGUUAUGCGCGGCGUUCUUUCACCUCGUUCGCAAUAUGCUCCGCGACUGCUCAACGGCCACGCGCAGCCUAUCUCUGACUACUCCAACAGGUUCAUCUGAGAGUUUUUUCCAAAAGCUCCAAUUUCAAACCGUCACAAAACACCUGAGAACAAAAAAUAGGUUCCAAUAGUCAUUUCAAAAACUUUUCAACGCGAAUAAAAGGAAACAGUAAAGAUUGUGAUUUUUGAGGAUCUCAUCCACAUAUCGAUCUGAAAAAAGUCGUUGAAACAACAAAAAAAAAGUUCACAUUGAAGGCCCUUCUUCCAAAAAGUCGCUGGCUUCCCCUACUUCAUUUUUUUAAAUGUUCAACAUUUUGAAUCCCACUACACUAAAAAAAAAGUAGCUCUGAAUAAAAAUUCAUGUAUUCUUAAUGUAUUCUUAUUGUUCUUAGCCGUUAAUUUUCUCUCGUUUUCAAAUAUUCACCUGUGUCAGAAACUUUUCAAAGUCGCUAAGAUCAAGAUACAUCUUGCAUAAUUUUCAAUUCAAGAAGAUUUUGAGAUUUUUCAACGCUUGUUUUCUCAGAAUUUAAGUUUUGCCCUAAGAACUGGGGAAAUGUGUUUCUGAUGACGAGAAGACGUUACAGAUUCGUGGAGCAGGAGGACAGCGUGGCACGGACUGCGCGAGUUCCGCCGCCGCGUCUUGGAUCUUCGACGGCCUCAGCGACGGUCCGUCGCACGGAAAGCUUCAACUCGGCGCCUGGUCUUCCCACUGUCGGUUCUUCUCCGCUUUCGAGCUUUCGAUUUCAUUGAAAAUGAAGAAACUCCCGAAACUAGCAUUAUUUGAAAGUGUACCAUCAUCCGCAGAUAAUUUUUUCCAAGAGUUUUCUUAUGAUUAUUGGUUUCAUAUUCGGGUUAUAAAAAAAAACGUUUCUUUGAUGUCUCAAAAUUUUGGCUUUUUUCUAAGAUUUUCAUUUUAAAAAUCUUGGUUUACACAAUUUUUAUGUGAAUGGACGGAGGAUAGGUUCCUUUUUAUUUUCUGGAAAACUGUUGAAUGGAAAUAAUUCUAAAAUAAUUCUACCCGAAAUGCAUUGGAAGCUUUUCAAAAAGUUGAAAAAGACUCGAGAAAAGACAGGAUUUAUGCAGCACGGAACCAUGUACACGCUUCCGCGGUCCAGCACAGCCGUGCCGCCUCCAGACGCGCUCGUCGGCCGGAUAGAUCCCCUUCGAGGUGACGUGCAUCCGCACUCGGCUCGCGAUCCUCUUGUCGCCGGCUCCAUGUCGCGAAGCACCGUAGAUCCGCUGCUGUCGCGGUCGCUGUGCUCGCCGAUUCUGCCGCGACCGCUCCGUUCGGUCGACCCCAACAAAAGCAACUCUUUGCCACGGAGACGCGCCAUUUCUGGUGGGUUCUCUUCAAAAAUAUUUUUGUAACACUUUUUUGAUGUUUAUUAUCUUUUUAUUGGAUAGCUUAAUCCUUGCUCUAAUUUUUUUGUUAUGAAGUAGAUGAAAAAUCUUGCAUGGUUCACAAAAACUUUCAAGGAGCUCGACCAUUUUCCAAUAAAGCGUGGGAACAGUGUGUUCAUUAUUUACUUGCUUGCUUUGAUAAAUCAAUUUGGAAGUUGGUAAACGCCUGCGGUAAACAAUUUUUUUGUGAACAUGACAGAAGCUCGACAUUUACUAACAGAUUUUUUUAGUAUCAAAGGGGGAACUUUAAACUUUUCUCUGAUCAAAUUUGAAAAAUAGUAUUAUAUCAAACUUCCCUAAAGUUCUAACCGAAUUAAUAUUUAUAUAAAUAACAAAAAUUGGACUCACUCUAUCACAGCUAUAUUUUGCUCUGCCUCUUACCCCAGAUAAAUGUUUGUUUUUCUCCUCUUUCACAUCUACUUCUAUUCAUCAGUAUUCUUCUUCCUUUCCCAUAGUUCUUUUCGUUUUCUUCCUCUUUUCAAACUAAAUAAUCGCUUCCACGUGUAGUUGCUAGGAAGUUUUUCAACGUAUUUCGAAAUAAUGCAAGAGAAAAAUUUCUGGAGAUGAGUCCCAUUCUCGUCAAUUCUUAUUCAUUUUGUCACUCAAAUUUUCUUGUUUUUCAACACUUUCAAGCUAAUUAUCCGAGGUGUUCUGACUCUAUCCGGACACUUUGCAGGUCCUCGGAACGUGAAAUGGCGGAACGACGUCCUGGCGAUGGACGUUCUGGGCGACGAGAGCGACGGCGCGAUCUCGGCCCCGGAGUUUUCGAGUCCCACGUACUCGCGGCUUCUUCAGCGUGAGUUUCAGCUCUUCGGACCGGCCCAUGCGAAGGUGCAACCAAGCGGCAAACAAUCCCAAUUGUGCUCCACUUUGUGUAAUGGCCAAGGCUACCGGAAAUAAUGAGCCUCCGUCUUUUCCAGUUCUUUUUCUCGUUGGUUCUCCAAUUAGGACCAUAAAAACUCUUCGCAUCGAAAACAUCUUUCUGAAGAAUUCUCUCGAUUACCAAAAAUAUUGAAAGGAAAUCGGCUGAGAGGGAAAAGCAGUUUAGAGGUAUUCAAAAAAGAAGAAAAAGUCGUCAAAAAGAGCUGAAUCGAAUAAAUUUUUAAAAAAAUUUGUUUCUUUUUCAAGGUUGAUUCGAAUGUUCUCAUUAUUCUGAUAGCACUGUUAAAAGUUUGUUGGACACUUUGUUCGAUUUUCUGGGUUUUGUAGUUCUGAACUAGAGCAAUAUUUUCCUAUGAUUUGGGUUUUCAAAACCGGAGUUUUUGAUCGACUGGAGCCAAGUAUGAAGCUUUCUAGACUGUGGGGUGCGUCGGCUUCUCGACUAAGUGUAUGCCUCAGUCUUAAGCGGCCAAUUAGCAAAUUCGGCGUAGCGACGGCUGAAAAUGCUUUUGGCAAUUAGUUUCUGGAACAACUUUGCGACUUAGAGAACGACUUGGUGGUUUGGCUUGGGCUUUGGAAUAAUCCAAAAAAGUUUUUACGGGAAUCGUUUAUUCGUAAAUCUAACAGUUAAUGAAAAAGUUACGGUUGGGGUUUUCUUUCUUGGUUUCGGUGCUUGUUAGCUCUGGGUGAAAGCAUUCAUAAACAAUAGCGUAUAUUUAGUAAGACACAAAAAUAGCGGAAGGAACGCUGCGCCGAAGGAUUAGGAAAACUAUAUUUUACAGAGAACGUGCAUCUGUCGAAUGGAAGCCCUGGCAGGACGGUGAACGACAUCUUCAGCGCUGCUGAGUACCGCAACUGGGCCUCGCCGUACGACACGCGACAGCCGCGGACGACGCGAUGGUCGCACACCUACGGCGAACAAAGAGGCUCGCGGUCCUCUUCGCUUCCUGGAAGGACUAUCCUCGCUCAGGUACUGUCUUUUGAGAGAAAGGAGGUGCGUCACCGAAAAAGUUGCGCUGUCAUGCGGAACAACAAAAACUUUAUCCGAAUCAUUCGCCUCUAAUUUAUUUUUAGACAAUUCUCACAUUUCUUUAUUUCAAAAGAACGUAAUUUUUUUCAUUGAUCUGGCUCGAUAAAUAACUUUAUCCAUUCUAAGUUCUGAAGUUAAAAUGAAAAAAGGUGCCGGCACCAAACGGGCGACUUUUUGAAUGGUUCAGACCGAAACUAUUCCACCUUAUAUAUUUCAGAGUUUGGUCGGGAGUCCUGUCCUGCCGAGACAUCAGCCGCCUCAAGUUCACAACGAGAGGCCGUCCGCCGUCUUCGACCGCUACCACGUUUCUCCUCUCAUGAACAGGUCCGCUCCUUCUACUUCUUUUCUUCUUCAAUGGAAAUAAAUGGCAGCUUUCAGGAGAGCUCCUCUGAGAGCUGCUGGUCCUGGAAUCAACGUGGAUCGGUUGAGCGUCAGCAGCCUGACGGGCAUUCUUUUUGUACAAGUUCGUGCUAACUCUCUUAAGGAUCAUUCAAAUCAUAUAUAUUUUCUUUCGCAGCACAAAAGGGUCCGUGGAAUUUUCUUUUCUAGUAUUGUCGUAGUUUUAUUCAUUUUUUUAAUAGCGAAAAGAUGCUUAAAUCAAAAGACCUUGCUUUUGAAUUCAGAAGUAAUGAAUACAUGUACAUGAAUUAGUCCAAAACUCAGAAAUUCUGGAAGGUAAAAUAUGACUCACCAAUCUAAUAUUUUUGAGUUUUCCGGCCAGAGUUUUUUUAAAUGUUAGUUUAUCUAAUGCUUCAAAACUUUUUUUAAAUUUCGGGAAGGAAAGUAGAUUUCUCAGAUACUGGAAGGCAGAGGGCUGAAGAUCCCAGAGAAGCAGAAGGCGGUGACGGAGGAGAUGUACUGCGUCCUGGAGGUCGACGAACAACAUCGAGCCCGAACCGGCGUCUCUACCGCCGACCAGCGUUUCCGGUGGCGAGAAACCUUCCACAUCGACGUCUUUAACGCCACCGUCACCAACUUUUUCGUCUAUUCCUGGCAUCCGCAGUUUAGGUAUCAGUGGUUGUUCAAAGAAUGUUAGAUCUGAGUCCUGAAGGCAGCCAUAUUCAAUGAACGGAGAGAUUUUGCUAGCAACUUGAAAGGAAGGUCUAUUUUAUUUGCAACUGAAGGGGAAGAGUUCCAUAUUGAAAUGAUGGAAAGUGCCAUUUGAUUACUUUAAGGCUCAGUUCUCAUUAACUAGAACUGAGCCUUAAAGUGAUCUUUCUUUGUAGGUUGAGACCUUCACCCUUUAUUGUCGGAGGGUUUUCGAGAGAGUAUUCAGAAUAGUUUCGAUAGUACAUUAAAAUAACCUUCCUUGUUAGCUAAUUAUUUUGAUUGUAUCCUAAGUGUUACUCAGUUUUGAGUUUUUCGUAUUUUUUCAAAAAUUUCAACAUUUAUAGAAACUUUUUCAUUAAAAAAAAUGAACAUGGUGUUUUUGAAAAAUUGCGGAGAGUGGUCUUGAUCUUGAAAUAAACUUUGAAGGAAUUCUCGACCGAUGUUAUGUAAAAUUAAUGUUAAGUUUUUUUCUCUUCAAUAUCCAAUACUGGAAUUUGAACUUUUCUUAAGGCACAAGCUCUGUCACAAGGGUUCGCUAAAACUCCUCGAAGCUUUCGUGGUUGACCAGCUGAACGGCGACCGAAUGUUUGCAUUGAAUCUUGAGCCUCGUGGUCAACUCAUCGUGCGGAUUGGCUUCCACGACUUGGCAGCUGUUUUCCGGCGAACCGUGAAUCCGCGGAUGGACGGGUCCGUUUUUUUCUAACUUCUUUCUAUGGUUUCCAGUUUCUUGUGAAGGAUACAAAAUUCAUUUUUACGCCUGAUUGUAAACGUAUCGUCAUCUUUUUAUAGAAUCGAUCCAGCCUCGGUUUUCUUUUUGUCACCAAGCAGCUCUUUCAAUUUCUCUCUUCUCUCCUUCAAAUGUUUAUGUUCUAUUGGUCGUUAAAUGUUCUUGUGUUGCAGCGUGUUUGGCGCUCCGCUCUCUCGUCUGGUGCAGAGGGAACGACGUGACACGCCAAUCAUUCUCACGCGACUCAUACAGGAGAUCGAGAAGCGUGGCGUCGACUACAACGGGCUUUACAUCUGUAGGCACUGAGGACGGCUUCGAAAUGACGCAGACUUUCAGUAUGUGGGUCUGUGGAGAAGAAGCGUAUGCUGCGCGAUGAGCUGGAGGCGAAUCCAUUGGGAACCGAACUUUCUUUCGACAGCAUCCCCGACACGAACGUCUUGGCCUGUCUUGUAAAGGUAUUUCCUCAUCUUUUUUUCAGUUGAAUCCUUCGUCAGAAUAGUGUCCAUGAUUAUACAAUGUUUUACUAAUUAGUUUGGAGACAUAAGAAAAGUUUAAAUAUUCUCAGUUUUGAAAAUUUCGAGAGUUUUACACUAGAGCCGAAGUUGUAUCUACUUUUUCGAAGCUUCUAAGCUUGUCCUCAUAAUAAAUAGUUAAGGACUUUUUGCGUGAGAUUCCGGAGCCUCUGAUAACUCCGCAGAUCCACGGGAUGCUGAUAGACGCGGCCUCGGUGGCGCUUCCGAACGACAUCCAGGGCAAUCGACAGCUGAUUCUGCGGAUCGUCGACUGUCUGCCGACGACGAGCAAGAAUUGCCUUCUGCUCGUCAUGGACCACCUUACCACCGUCCUCUCCUCCUCGCCGCACAACGGUCUUUCAGUCUCCAGACUCUCUACGGUACCUCAAACCAGGCUCAUGCUCAACUAAAAAAAAACGAUUUUGAGAUUUUCGCACCGUUGCUGAUGUGCUGUUUGGACUCGAUGUCGUCGUACUUGUCUUCGCCGUCAACGUCGGCCAAGACGGCGGCAGUACGGCCUCUCGACGUCUCCCAGGCAUCUACCACGCUCCAAAUGCUUCUCUCUGUUUGGCCAACCAGAGUUAGUGAGUCGGUCAUUUUCUUUCCCUCUCUGCCUCUCUUUGCACCCUUUUUGUGACUUGUUUUUGCACACCAUUUAAACGAUUCAAUGGUUGAAAGUUAUAAUUCAAGGAAGUUUCGAUUACUGCGCUUAUCAAACUCCGCGGUUUCGCAUGUUCAACAAUGUAUUACCCGAGAUUGUUCAUACACUCGAAGAGCGCACGUGCAGAAGAUCGGAAUGAGUACCAUUCAUCAUCAAUAUUUAUUGGUUGUUUUAGUCAGAUGGUAUCGACUAGGCGGUGAAAAAAUUGCUCUUUUGAGCGGCACUAACACCGCCUUUGGCGAAAAAGAAGUCAAAACGUGUAGUCGAAUGAUUUGAAAGCAUGUUCUUACGGUCCUUCGCCUCGUUCUUCCACAAGUAGAUCCCUCAGUUCUGCGGGUACGGGCACGGCGGGGAUGGUAGGGCUCGGGCACGGACGCCGUGUACACUCUAGGGUAGCCUCGGCCGACUGAGAGAGCUACCACUUAGAGUGAAGAAAAAUACACGGAAUGAAGAAAAUACACGGAAUGAAGAUUUUUUUUGAAAAUUUUUUUUCCACUCAAGAAUAGAUUGCAAUAUUUAAUCAGCGGUCGAUUCAAAAUGUAAAAGAAGACUGCUGCAGUUUUAAAUCUCGGCUCUUCCAGAUACAAAGCGUUUUACACGAUCAUUUUCUAUAAAUAAUUUUCUUGUGCAUUUUUAAUGGAUUCUGUGAAUUCUGUUUUUUGCAUUGAUUAGUAUCAAACUAACCAGAUAACAAAUGAAAAUCUUUGGAAAUAAUAGAGUAUUAUUCGAGUUGUUUUUGUCUCUAACCAGCGAUGAAUUCAUAAUGGGAUGUAAUGUAUUGCUAAAUAACAAUUACAGAUAAAGUCAGCUUUUUACUUUGCUUUUUGAAUGAAAAGAAGAUUCAGGCAGUGAAAGCGGGUCCGACUCACCCACCGCGACAGCAGCCGCGACCACGCAUGUUUCGGAAUCUCAGUGUUGACUGAACUCUUCGCUUUACAUGUCUUAAAUAACUUGUCUCCAGUCUUCUAUUUUUCUGAUUUUCCACACAUAGGCCUCAUUUUUCUCAAUCAUCUUCCACUUUACGGUCUCAUUGAUGCGGGAGCUCUUUUUCUUUUUCUCCUUUUUCUCAUUCAUAAUAUGCCCACAUUAUAGGAAAUGUAUAAAAGUUUAUAGUUUUUUUCCGGUGUCUGUUAAUUUUCAAGGAAUGUUCUCCCGCCUAAGUCUUUCUCGGAUUGUUUUGUUGAAUUUGUUUUCUCUUGAUUUUGAGCAAUAGGUACAAUUCGUUUUCCCGUUUUCAAAAUGGGACGUUGUUGGUUGCUUUUUCUGUGUCCAAAGAAGUUACACUUGCUGCUCAUUUACUUCAUCCUUCCCAGUCAUCUCUUGGUUCGCUUUGAUAUAAAUUAUUUUUAUUUUUUUUCCAAUAGAAACUCAAAAAACGUACUUCACAAAAAAAAAAGUUGUGCGAUUCGGCUAUAAAAGGUUUUAGAAAUCGAAGGUCGCCUUGAACUCGCAAUAAGUCAUAAACGUGAGAAAUGAAAAUCCGAAAGUAUGGACUUCCAUGAGAUUGUAGCCUCACAACGGUUCUGCUCGUACAGAGUCACACGGCUACAAAACACAUCAUCACGAGAUUUAGAGCUUCAUUCCUUGAAGGAAUCCCAACAUGCGACGUCUUCUUCUGUUCAUCCUUCUUGCUUCCUUUCGUUAGUUGUUCAUUUUGCUAUAAAAAGCGGGUUAAAAUGGGAAGAACCCUCUGAAUUUCAGUAAUUAAUCAUAUAUUUUUUUUAUAUAUAUAUAUUUUUAUAUAUAAUUUAUAUAUAAAAAUAUAUAUAUAUAGUAACUAGUAUAUAUAUAUAUAUAAAUGCAGAUUAAAGUUAUUAUAUAUAUAUAUAUAUAUGUAUAUAUCUUUUUUAAUCAACUAAGGACUAAUUUGAAAAAAAAGCUAGUCUGUUCAGAUUUCAAAUACCAACUAGUUAACUCCGCCCCUGCUGGCGCAGCCUCUUUUCGCGUCGAUUUUUUAUCGCGCAUGAUGAUUUUUGAUUUUUUUUUUGCUAUAAAAAAUAGAAAAAGAAGUCAAAAAAAUGCAGCCAUAAUAAAGUUUCGCCGUCAUCUGGAGAUACAACAUUGACGCGAAAGAUACUGUAGCCUUGAGGGCGGAGUUAGCUACUUGGCAUCCAAAAUCUGAACAGACUAUAUGAGGCUUUGCGAUUGCAGAACCGUCGCCACAAGGAUUGCUAACUGGUGCCGGGAAGAAAGUGGAAAAUGCCAAAGCGAAGGCUUUCUACACGAAAAUUCCCGCUAUUUUCAAACGUUAGUCCCCGUUUUGUCUCAUUUUAUAGAAGAUUAGAAGUUCACGUGGAGCCUUCAACAGGGCAAUAAUAAUUGGCUGCAAAAUUUGCUCAUUGUGGACCACAUUUGUGGUUCUACUUUUUCGACGAAAAUCACAGUCAGAACAGCUGCAAGGUUGUUUUCAGAAUGGAUGUGAACCUUUUCAUCUGUCAAAAGAAAAAUAGACGGCAGCUGAAAAAAAUUGAUUCGAAAAAAAUUUGAGAAAAAAAAGUGUUCAAAAACUUAUUAAUUUCUAUUCUUCUGAAAUUUGAGAAGACUAUACUUCUAAAAAAUCGAACAACUUUCUGAGAUGUGGAAGGAAAAGUUGAACGAUGAGGAAAAAAUCUGCAUUUAAUCGUGAUUUUGUGAGUGUCGCAAGCAUGCGGUGCUAGCACCAGUGCUGCUGACGGGGCGCCCCGCUGUUUUGAGCAGUUGCCCCGGGGCGUCUCGCCCCGUUGGGUAGAUAAGUAAAAAUGAAGUUUAAGUGAGAAAAUCCGCAGAGUAACGACUAAUAAAUAAGUAUAUUGGUCGAAGAAAAUAAAAAUUCAUUUAUAUCAUUGAGUAACUGUGGAGAAAUCUUCUAACAGUGUGACCGCUUCGCGGGGCGGGGCGCCCCGGGGCGACCGCAACGACCCGGGUCGCCCCGGUCUGGUCAGCAGCUCUGACAAGCACGUUUCAUAUGAGCUAGUGUGCGUAGUUUGCUCGAGAUUGCAGUCGUGAUCCCGCCGACGUUCAUCGAAGCGACGGCCGGCUGCGGCAGCUCUCGAACCGCCUUGUAUAAAAAAAUCUUCAGCAGCGCCACGACAUACAGACAGCUCCUCAAUGUCAGUAUCUGAGCUGGAGACCUACUCGAGGGUUCAUUUCAGAGCUUCGAAAACGCAAUCAACGAAACGACUGAAAUAGGCGGCGACCUACGCAAGAUUCUCGGCAGCCUGGGUCUCCUUCAACUUUUCCACAACUCUCCCAUCAAAAAAGUUCUGGGCUCUGCAAGCAACACAGUUGGCCAUUGUUUCAGCUAGUGUCGCAGUGCUCUCUGUUGGUGCACGACCUUCUGGUGAACAACACCAACAGCGGCAUGGAACGCUACAAGCCUUCUCCGCUCGACGAGGUCACAUUCUCCGCCUUGUUCUCGUCAGUUAUCUGUUUCAACGACCAGAAAAAGCUAUUCCUUUUCAAGGAUCGUGGGGGCCCAAGUGAACGUCAUUUUCAACGAGUUCACUGCGUUCAUCUUCCCGGCUGGUCGCAAUCUUGUUCCUUUCAAGUGA